AUGAAUCAUCUAGAUGAUUAUUAUGGCAGCCCUCGCACUAAGGCACAGGAUUAUUAUGGCAGCCCUCGCACUAAGGCACAGGAUUAUUAUGACAGCCCUCGCACUAAGGCACAGGAUUAUUAUGGCAGCCCUCGCACUAAGGCACAGGAUUAUUAUGACAGCCCUCGCACUAAGGCACAGGAUUAUUAUGGCAGCCCUCGCACUAAGGCACAGGAUUAUUAUGACAGCCCUCGCACUAAGGCACAGGAUUAUUAUGGCAGCCCUCGCACUAAGGCACAGGAUUAUUAUGACAGCCCUCGCACUAAGGCACAGGAUUAUUAUGGCAGCCCUCUCACUAAGGCACAGGAUUAUUAUGGCAGCCCUCGCACCAAGGCACAGGAUUAUUAUGGCAGCCCUCGCACUAAGGCACAGGAUAAUUAUGACAGCCCUCGCACUAAGGCACAGGAUUAUUAUGGCAGCCCUCGCACUAAGGCACAGGAUUAUUAUGGCAGCCCUCGCACUAAGGCACAGGAUUAUUAUGGCAGCCCUCGCACUAAGGCACAGGAUUAUUAUGGCAGCCCUCGCACUAAGGCACAGGAUAAUUAUGACAGCCCUCGCACUAAGGCACAGGAUUAUUAUGGCAGCCCUCGCACUAAGGCACAGGAUUAUUAUGGCAGCCCUCGCACUAAUGCACAGGAUCGCUGUUGCUUCCCCCACACACUGAGACACAGGAUCACUAUCAUUUUCUUCACACAAUGA